AUGAAUAGAAGAUUGAAACAACGAGCAACAACUCAGGAGCAGUUUUUUGGGAAAGUCAUUUUCAAGAAAGGGAUCAUUGAAAAGGGAGAUCUCCAAAGUUCUGUUCGUAGAAACCCAACAAUGUGGAGGAACAUCAAUGCCAACAAUUCGACCAUACAAAAAGUCAAAAUACAAAGUUUGGAAAUAAUAGAUGACAAUGCGUUCCAUUCGGAGCUCCCUCCCAAGGUACUGUAG